AAAGAAGAGAAUCUGGUUGUUCUUGACACCUACACCAACACAAAAUUCCAUCGCCUCUCUCUCCCUCGUCGUCCUCCCCAAGACAGGGAUCCCGACUUCCAGCACCACCGUCACUGAUCGAAAAGAAACUUCGGUGACGGAGCCUGCCACUGCCACCACCAAAGUUUCAAUUGGUCACCCUGCACUUCAACCCUCUUUCAGCUAAAAAUCGGGUUUUUCACUUUUGAAGUACAAUUGAACAAAAAACACUUGAUGGAGUUUGUUGUUGUGACCACAUGAUUUUAGACACUCAAAUGGAUUUGGAGACUGAAAAUAGAUUAGCUGCUCUCCUUAUGAAGGAAGCAGCAGAAUUACGGCGGCAGUCUGAAAGGGAAGGUGUUCUAGCUUAUCUUCGAAAGCCUGACGUACGGACUCGGCCAAAUUCGCGAUUCCUCACUGCUACUGUACGUGGAGUUCAACAAGCAAAUAGAGCAGUGGAAGUGAAUGAAAUGUGGCGAUUGCGGCAAAAAGAAAUUGAGCUUGAUAAACGGAUUAAAGAAAAAUCAAUUGAUAAAAGAAGUAAAGACAGAAGUCAUAGGGAUGAUAACUUAUCAAGAGGCACGGGAAGACAUUUUGGUAUUGAUAACAGCACUAGAACCUCUGCCUCACGUUCAAGUCAUAGAGAAUAUGAGCUGGAUAAAAAUGAUAAAAGCAGCAGUGAAAGAAAUCAUAAGGAUGAUAACUCAUCAAGAAGACCAGGAAGACAUGCUGUAGUGGAUAAAAGCUCUAGUGUCUAUACUUCAUGCCCGAGUGAAAGAGAACAUGAACAUGGUGUGGAAGGUUUAAAGGAUGAAGAGCUUGAAGAGUUUCUGCACUCAAGGACCAAACGAGGCAGAGGUGCUGUUGGUCCGAGGAUGGACGAUACUGGACCUUACCUUCCUCCUGAUUCAGAUGGGGAGCCUGGUACUAGUCCGAAUGUAAGGCAUCGCCGUGUUAUUCUUGGUCCGGAGAAGCCCUUGUCAUUGAGGUCAUAUGAUACUUCUGAUGAGGAGGAGCUUCAUGAAGAAAAGCGGAAAAAGAGUAAAAAGUCUCACUCUAGGAGCGCGGACAAGGAGCAUUCUAAGAGGCACAAGUCAAAAGAUAAAUCUAAGCAUAAAAAGAAAAGGGAGGAGAAAAGAAGUAAACAUCAUCACUAAGGCUCUAACGUAACUUGAGAUCAGACGAAGGUAAACUUGCGGAUACAGUCAAUUUGGAUGAAACUCGUGUUUGUACUUAGCACAGAUGAUUUUCUGUAACAUCAAAUGCAAAUCGAACUUGUUUGGCCACAGAAAAGGUUACUUAGACAACUAUCAAACCUUUUAAACUUCAGUUUGGGGACGUAGGUCUCUUGCAAGCGAUUAGGUUUCUUAAUCCUUCAUCAGUUGCUUGUCUUGACCUCAUUAGCUUGUUUGGAGCAAUUCACCUUGUGUUUCAUCAUCAUCUGGUCAAUCUCACUGUCAUGAAUAUCAUGGAGAUUUUCUUAUCUUGUGUUAUUAUAAACAUUAUAUCUUAUCUUCGUCAACCUCUUGAAAAUUACAGCAGCACCCCACUUCGUUGGUGGCAUUCCUUC